AUGGGGUCGCCGUUACUGGCGCCGCCUGGUCUGGGCCCUCUCACAGCCGGCUCCUUCCUGGGCCGCGGGGGUCGAGCGGCCCUCUGUAUUUGUCUCGGAGCCUCGUUGUUCCUUAACGCGCUUCCUUCGAGGCAGAAGCCCGCCUUGUCCCGGUUAACGCUCCCCAAGGCGGACGCAGCGGGCAGCGGCGCGAUUCGGCACCGGCAGGUAACUGUAGGCCGAGGAUUAGAUCUCACCUACCAGCUCGUGUCAAAAACCUGCCCCUUAAUGAUCUCUCGUAAGCACUGUGUUUUCCAGCAAAAUGCAGAAGGACAGUGGACUGUCAAAGAUAACAAGAGUUUAAAUGGAGUCUGGCUUAACAAACAGCGCCUGGAUCCCUCAAAAGCCUAUCCCAUCACUGAAGGAGACCAUAUACAAUUGGGAGUGCCUUUGGAAAACAGAGAGACUGCUGAAUAUGAGUAUGAAGUGAUUAAAGAGGAAUUGGAGAAAAUUAGACCCUUUCUAGCUGAAAGGAGCGAUCUGGGGAGAGCUAAGAGUUCAAGAUCUAAACGUAAAUUUAAUUUUGAGGAACUGGAAACAUUUGAAUCAGAAGGCCCUUCAAACUCCAGAUCAAAAAGAAACAGAGUGUCCUGUGAGAGUGAACCUUUGGGUAAAUCGCGGGGAAGGGUAGAAGAGGCCAAAUCAGUAGAAAAUAUGGAUGUCAAGCUGCCUCAUCCUGGACCAAGUAAAGUGGAUAGCGAUCCAGUGUGUAGUAGCCCUGUACGCACUGAGAAGGCUGUGUCUGUCCCGCAUAAGGUCCAGAAAGACUGUGACCUUGCACAGUCAUGGACUGGCUUGGAAAUGCUGAGGAAAACUCUAGCAGAUACAAUGAAGUUAAAGGUCAAAAUGCAAGAGAAACAGACAGCAGUUCUGAAUGUAAAACAGAAGUACAAAAAAUGUGCUCAGAAGGAGAUCCUGGCAAUGGAGCAGGAGCUACAGGAGUUGCAGGACCAGCUGUGCAUAGAACAAGAGCAUCAGCAGCAGCAGGUGGAAGAGCUGGAGCGGACAUUCUCUAAAGAGCAGCAGAAGCUGAAGGGAGUAAAGAGACAACAUGGGCAAGAGAGCCUAAAGGAACAGCUGGCCCAGGUUCUGCAAGAGCACCACGCUUUGAUGGAAGAGCUGAGCCGUAGUAAAAAAGAUUUUGAGGAGAUAAUUCGAGCCAAGAAUAAAGAACUGGAAGAAACCAAGGAGGAGAAAGAAAAGGUGAGAGCCCAAAAGGAGGAGGUGUUGAAUCAGAUGACUGAUGUGUUGGAGAACGAGUUGCAGUGCACAAUCUGUUCUGAGCACUUUAUUGAGGCAGUCACCUUGAACUGUGCACACAGCUUCUGCUCCUACUGUAUUAAUGAGUGGACAAAACGUAAAGUGGAGUGUCCUAUCUGCAGGCAGGAGAUCAAGUCAAAGACACGUUCCCUGGUGCUGGAUAACUGCAUUGACAGGAUGGUAGAAAAACUGGAUGUGGAAACGAAGGAGCAUCGCCUCAGCCUUAUCAGAGAGCGGAAAGAGAAACAGGAUGUGCUGAUGGCAUUACCCACAGACAAGGAGAGACGUACCAUUUCUACCAUCUACUCCUUCAUGUGGGCCAGCCGUUACGACAGCGAGGACUCCGAGGAGGAUUCUUCCUAGAAUGGAAGCUGCUACCUUUUCUGAACUCAGUCACUGCAAACUCAUUUUCCUGUGCCCCACAUGGAGCCAACCUCAUGGUUGACUGCUGCUGGAUGAAUGGACAUCUGGAAUGGCAGACUCUGUGAAGAGACUGCAGCUGAGGAUUAGCAGCAUGUGGAAGAAGGACCUUAUUUUUUUAAAUGAAUGUACAGAAGCUUGAUCUCCAAACCAAAAUUGGGAUUGUGAGAGGACAAACUACAGUUAUGCUAGACAAUUGAUGUGCACAAUGUCAUGAUGGCUUGUGACCUGCUUGGUGUAAUGUAAUAGCUUACCUGCAUCACUGCCCUUUCCUUAGUGAAUGUUUAAAUGUGUACACCAGCUUCCCUUAUUUCAGGCAGCAGACAGUGUGGCCCAAGCUAUUUGAGAACUUGGCCAUCCCUCCACCAGCAGGCGUGAGAGAUGAAUCAGGAUAGUGCCAGUGUAGGUUUUCCUGGAGUUUCACAUGGCAGCUAGAGUAAUCCCAGACCUCUGGCAGUGAAAGUAACAAAAGGUGGGUUAUGGACCCUGCCAGCCUGAAGUACUUAAACGUGUUGUAAGCUGAGCUGCUGGCCAUCAUCUGCUUGAUCUGUGAAUGCUCCUUCUUUCUCUUUUAUUGGGGUGGAGAAGAUAAAAUCUUCCAGAAUUUAUAAGCUAGUGCUCUUCUCAUACACUGUCUUUGCUGUAUUCCCUCUUUAGGCUUUUACAUAAAGAGUUUCAGACUUGGGAAGCAGUGCAUCCAGGAGUUACUAGGAAUCAACAACAGCAAGAGGCACGGUAGGAAAGCAGUGUCUGUAGGCAGUCACAAUGCACAGAAGGAAAAGUUUAUUUUUAAAAGCCGUGUUGAGCAGCAAAUCUCUCGUCCCUGAGGGACUGAGCAAGUCUUGCCUUGCCUGUCAGUUUGUCUACGAAGUUCCAUUUCCAGUGGCAUGCACUUCUGACUUAGCUGUUAGAUGAAAGGACUGUUUUACACUGUGAGAAGAGGAUGGGGAAAGCCCAUCCCACCUGUAAUAUUUCUUUGGCUAUCCUUAUGUACUUUCUAUGUUUGCUUUGUUUAAGAAGAAAAAUACAGAUCUCUUUGUGCAGUAGUCUUCCCUGGUACAA